CGAAGUCAAAGCCAUAUCGCUGGAUUUGUUUGCGGUGGAUUCCGCCGGACGAACUCAUUGCCGCCCACUGUCGCUGCGAGAGGUUUCGAAACAACCACGAACGGCAGUUCUUCGGGAACGCAAACGGAAAGAAGAACAAAGGCAACAAGGGCAAAGGAAAACGACUACUUUCUAAAAAUAGCGAAAUAACGUGGACACACGAUAGAAGUACAUCUGCUAGUAGUACCAGCAAUGACGUCCGCAAUCGUCAGCCUCGUGUGAACCACGAGGAACUGACGGAGGGAUCGAAGAACGGCGUCUGGCAUCGGGUGACUCACGAUAUCUCGGACCGUCGUGUGGUGACCUCGCACUUCGCGACGAACAUGAACAUCGACAUUGUGCAAUCGGUGAUUGAGGAGAAGUUUGAUCUGCUUGAUGAGGGAGACGAUGACCCCGAAAUAUUUCGCGCGGCCUUGCAGGACUCGAGCUUUGUUGAAUUACUGAAGCUGUACUUCGAAAGCGGUGACCAGGAGAAUCCCCGACUUUUUCAUACUCUCGCGCAGAUGCAGCUCCGGCAAUAUGCUGGGCAAACGCUUCUCCAUUUCUGCUGCGAAAAUGGGUUCACCGAGUGCGUUCGAUUUCUCAUCGAGAACCACGCUGCUUGGAUCACGAACGCGGAGC